AACCGGUGUUUACUUAAUAUAAUCCCCGAGAAGAUAGUACUUGCGGAUGUAGUUCGGUCAUUUACAUUCAUAAACUAUUGACAAUUCAACCUCAUAAUGACCGAACCCGUGCAUAAGAAAGUAGCAAUGUCUGCUUUGGACCAGUUGAAAUCCCAUACGACAGUUGUCGCUGAUUCCGGUGACAUAAAUGUAAUUGGCAAGUACAAGCCCACAGAUGCAACCACCAACCCCUCACUGAUUCUUGCCGCAGCCAAGAACCCUGCCUACAAACACCUGGUGGAGGAUGCUGUGAAGUAUGCUAAAACUGUCUCAAGUGACCCAGAUGAGCAGCUAGAGGCUGCCAUGGACCAGGUGUUUGUGAAUUUUGGCCUGGAGAUCCUCAAGAUCAUCCCAGGCAGGGUCUCAACAGAGGUGGAUGCAAGGCUGUCUUUCGAUAAAAAGGCCAUGAUUGAGCGAGGGCGGAGGUUCAUAGAACUGUACGAGAAAGAAGGCAUCAGCAAGGAGAGGAUCCUCAUCAAGCUGUCCUCCACCUGGGAGGGAAUAGAGGCUGCCAAAGUACUGGAGAUGGAUUAUGGCAUCCAUGUCAAUAUGACCCUGCUCUUCAACUUCCACCAGGCUGUGGCGUGUGCUGAGGCUGGUGUCACACUGAUCUCUCCAUUCGUGGGCCGCAUCUUCGACUGGUUUGUGCAGAACACCGGCCAGAAGAAGUUUGAUUACCUCGAUGACCCAGGAGUGAAGAGUGUGACCCGUAUCUACAACUACUACAAGAAGUUCGGGUACCAGACUGUGGUGAUGGGAGCCUCAUUCCGGAACACAGACCAAAUCAAAGGACUGGUAGGCUGUGACCUGCUCACUAUCUCCCCGACUCUGCUCAGUGAACUGUCUGAUUCAACUGAUGAGUUCACACAACUGCUGAGUGAGGAAGCAGCCAUGAAGCUGGACCUUGAUCCAGUGGAGAUCAGCGAGAACAUCUUCCGUUGGGAGAUGAACGAGGAUGCCAUGGCCAAUGACAAGCUCUCCGACGGAAUCAGGAAGUUUGCCGCGGAUGCCAUAAAGCUGGAAGACAUGUUGAGGGAGAUGUUUUAAAGUUGCUUUUAAGUUUUGCACCAGAGUUCUCAAAAACAAAUUAAAUGCGCCAAGAAAAUUGUUACUCACCUUGUUAUGUCAUAAAAAAGUUUACUAAAUUUAACAUUAACUUGAUUGUACAGUUAAUUUUAGAUUUAAAAAAAUGUCUUGUAUAACUAUCACAAGAAAUAUCAAUAUAUGUUUUAAAGAUUAGUAUUUUGAAAAUAAUUUUGAUGGAUGGAAUAAAAGACUGCAUUCUAUCAUGAUGCUUACUUGCAAGAAUAUUUGAGGAACUGGUCCGAGGGAAUUGUGUUCUUUGUAGUUCUGCUAGAACUAAUAUGCUAAAUCCUUAAAUCAUCAUAUCAAAGUUUUGUAUGUACAUGGUUUUGUGAAUCGUUAAUUAAAAUAUGCAGUAAGAUUAAGAAUCUUUAUAAUUGUUAUUAAUCUCAAGUGUCUAUUAAAAGAUGUUAAGUUUUUGUACAAACAUUACAGCUUUGGAUCACAAUGUCACAUGUAUUCUAUUAGAUGGAUGGUAACUUUAUUAAAUUAAAGUCUUAUAUGUAUGUUUUAAACUUUAUUUUGUCUCAUACUGUCAAAAAUGUAUAAUUAUGAGUGUCUUUAUUAGAAUAUUAAAUUUAUAAUUGUUGUUUUAAAUACAUAAUAUUUUUAUAUACGGAA